CUCGACAUUUAAAUAAGUAAAUAAAAAUUGUAAUCAUCACGAACUUUCGUGUAAAUUAGACACCCCACUACCAAUGAAUUCUUGUGCAUUAUAAGUAACUCAUUCUUGACAUCUACAUUAUUGCGACAACGAAUCUUUGAAAGCUUCGUUCAAUCGUCUUCAACAUCCGAAAGAAACACACCAGAAAGUUUCUUAAAAAGAAACAAGAAAGAAGAUGAGCCAAAAGAUGUUCAACAGUGAAGUCGAAGUGGGAAAGUUUCUUGGCAGCAUACAUGUCAUUCAAGAUGCUUAUGGAGCAAUUUCUCAAACUUCUUCCACUUAUCAACUUCACACGAGUCCUUCUGGGAUCAAAGUCUUGGCUUUCAACUGUUUGUCUGAUUAUACAAUUCCUUUUCGUAAGGGAGAAGAUCUGGUUUCAUCAGAUAAUCAUAAAGUCGUUGACUUCAUUUCGACAAAAGUCAACCCCAAAAUAUCCAUUAACAAAGCUGCUGUUGAGUUGUUUGAGCUUCAUUUUAAAGAGCUUUCCGAGCUCUCAAAUCAGCUUAUAAAUGAUCAGUUGGUUGUCACCGGAUGUGGUCUUGGUGGAUACCUCGCCAUUCUUUACACCCUACUACAUCAACAUUACGCAGAUUUGGAAGAAUCUAACGGUUCAAAAACCGCCAAACGUCCGAUUUGCAUAACGUUUGGUUCGCCCCUUAUUGGUAACCAACAUCUCCAAGGCGCCAUCUCUGAACGCCCACAAUGGAAAUCAUCUUUCCUGAAUGUGGUCGCGAAGACAGAUCUUCUUGCUAGUUUUUUCUCAUCGACUAGUCAAUACAAGCCUUUCGGCACUUUCCUUUUCUGCACAGAAUCACGUGGGCACACAGCUUUUGAAGAUCAAGAUGCGAUCUUGGCAGUUCUUGACGUUAUGGUGUCACCAAAUGCUGGAAACUACCAAAUGCACGAUUAUAGUAAAGAGUUGGAUUCAAUCAGAAAGACAGUAUUUUAUCACGGGGCUUCCGAAUCCAACGAAUCCAACUUAAGCCCGUUGAGGGCCGGAAUUGUAUUCCAGUUUCAAGAAAUCGGUGCGUUAAAUGAGAUUUCGAAUGAUUUGAUCGAGAAAAUGGAAAAGAAGCAAACAAAGAUGAUCAUCAGAAGUAGGAACGUGUAUGAGCCAACAAAGAAGCUAAACGACAUGAAGAUAAUCUUGACGUACAUAGAAUGGUACAUGAAGACCCGAAGACUUACAGGGGGUUACUACGAUAGCUACAAGAAUGCGGAAAGCACAAACGAACUCAAGGGAAAAAAUGAAGCCAUCAAACAUCAACUAAAUUUGAACCAUUACUGGAAGAAGACUGUGGAAGAAAAUGACCUAGUGCCCCAAAAAGAAGGUGCGAAGUUGCGUAAGCGUUGGCUCUAUGCUGGAACCAACUACAGGAGGAUUGUCGAGCCACUAGACAUAGCCGACCACUACAAAAGACGAAAAACAAACUACAUGGCGGUGAGACCAAACCACUAUAAGUUAUUAGAGAAGUGGUCGGAGGAAGAAAAGAAGGGUCGUAAGCCUAGCGACCCAAAAACGAAGGCUGCUAGUCUUACCGAGGAUUCUUGCUUUUGGGCGCAUGUAGAGGAGGCAUUGAUUUCGCUAAGAGACUUAAGGAAUGAAGACCCAAAUAAUAUUGCAACUGACAUCGAGAAUUUUGAGGUAUAUGUUUGGCAUUCGAUAAAAGAUUUCUCGGUGUCGCCUGAGAUUUUCGUGGAGGGGAGUAGUUUCAUGAAGUGGUGGAGCGAGUAUAAGGGCUAUAAAGGAAGUUCGUACGAUUCUGAGCUUGCUCGAUACAUGAACGAUAAGAACUACAUGUUGUAUAAUUAA